UUACUGUCAAUUUUAUGGUUACCUAAGGUCUCCGGUGACGAAAACGGACUGCUGUCAUUGUCAUCAUUUAUACAUGUACCAUAUUUUGUUGUCAAUGAGGUUCAUUUAACUGCAUUACACUUAGGAGACUUAUUACUUGACUAUGCCCUUAGCUCUUCAAAGACACAGCCACAUCCAGGAGGUAAUCAUAAAGAACUAAAUUUGUCUUGGAAGAAAUUACACACUGGAAAAAGCAAAGGGACAAAUACCUCACUCGCUGCACCAAAGGUAACGGCAGCACUUUAUUUUAGAAGACAUAGUUGGGAAGUGGUGAAGGAGUCAUAGAACACGUUGCUUCCGUCACUGUUUGUUUGAUCCGUGGACAGUAUUUCACUUUACUUGCCAUCUACAUCCUUGUCAUCUGAGUCCCUGGUGUAAGUCUCUGAUGAUCUAAUCCUGGACUGUGCUCUUGAUUGAAAACUAUUAAGUACUAACAUCUUUUUCAGAAACGUAAUGCAUGGAUCUCAUCGUCUUUUGGUGGCUUUGGUGAAAAUUUAGUUUCACAAGGCAAGCCCAAGAAAUCAAAGCAAUUGCAAGGUAGCCUUGACUCCUCUUUUAAUGCAGGUAAAUGAAUGGCAUCCUCUUGUAAUCAGUCUCAUCACCAUUGUAUAUUAGCUGAGUUGUUCUUAAUAAGAGUUAUCCCACUGUUACAUUCGUUCUUUUAAUUGAGCAGAUUACAGCCAGCCUGUUCAGAGAAAGGUCAGAAAAGAGGAAGAUCUUUGGUUGGACAAGUAUAAGCCAAAAUCAGAGGUACAGUAGAUUUAACCCUAUCACUCCUAGUAUAGGAUAAUACUGAUGAUUCAAUGUCAAUGAAAAUGGAUAUUCUUGUUAAAUGCUUGUUCAAGCAUUUAACAAGAAAAAUUAAACUUAAAAACAUUACUCAACAUUUCAAUGUAUUACACAUCAUUAUCAAGAGUGAGAAAUGUUAAGAUUCAAAGUUCUUUAAAGAGCUGAAGUUUGAAUAAAUUAAAUUGUAUUGGCACAUUAUUCAAACUUCAGCUCUUUAAACAACUUUGAAACUCAACAUUUCUCACUCUUGAUUACUAAUGAUGUGUGAUACAUUGAAAUGUAAAGUAACUUUUUUAGGUUUAAUUUUUCUUCUUAAACCACAACGUCUAUUUUAAUUUCUACAGGCUGAACUUAUUGUUCAUAAGAAAAAGGUAGCCGAGGUGCGUAGCUGGCUUCUUGAUCAUUUGACAUUUAAAAAGGUGAGUAGAUAUUAAAACUUUUCAACAUAAUAAUUAAGGAAUAUUAUUAUUACUGUAUACCAAAGAGCAGGGUUGUCAAUAUGUUUUGAAGAAGACGACUUAGUUGUCAAAGUAUUUAGAUGCUCUGAAAAGCUGUUUUCUGCACUCUCCAGGCUAUUUUCUGUCCAAUAUUACCGAAGAUCUAAAGUGAAUUAUAAGGUGAAUUACAUACCCAGUUUAGGAAUUAAAUUGAACUGUAAGUGACACAUAAACACUUGCUAUAGUUUUUGGAAGAUGUUUCGUAAGCAGUCCAGGGAUAUUUUAUUUAAAAAACACCAUCUGUAAAAAAAGGCCAAGCAGAGUAGCUGGCCGAAACUAACCAAGCAGGCGGCAAUUUUCGCUGGCAGCCGGCUACUUUUGACAACCCUGCAAAGAGGGGACAGAAAAAAGUCCCGUUCACUUUUCCUAGCUCUAGAAAAGUAGAUUUUCUUGCUGGGCAAUCAUUAACUACUGCCAUUGUAACAAAGCCAACCAAUGAACCAUAGUACCCUUGCUAACAGUGCCACCUGACUUAACACCUUAAAAUUAUUGUCUCGUUUUGUUCUAGCAUUCCAGUGCCUUGUUACUCCUGACUGGACCAGCUGGAGCAGGCAAAACUGCAACUGUCCAUGUGUUAGCCAGUGAACUGGGACUUGAACUACAGGAAUGGAUUAAUCCUGUCACUGAUGCAUUUAAUGAAGGUAACUUAGUAAGCUGUUUCCUGUUUGUCUUUAGCCCUUAGUGAAACCAAUAUGUGCAUGGCACAAGUUUUAUUUAGUGGGCAAAACUUAAGAUACCACUCUAUAUAGACAGCCAUUAAAAAGACGUAUGAAAAUGGCAAUUUUCAUCAGUACUGUGAUAAAGACAUUGUCAUUGCUUGCUAUUUUCUUUUAUCUUUCUUUAACUUUCUCCAUUUCCUCUCACACAGCCCUGAGCAAUAUCUCACUCUCACUGAUACCAUACUCUGCAAUAUUUAUUUGUACCCUUUUUAAUGAGAUGACGACCAUCCCCCUUUUUAUAUGGGAGUCCCCCCUUCCUGGCAUUACAUCUUGUUUCUGGAAGAACCAAUCACUGCAGCGCCUUGCCCUGCUCAUGCACACUUCUGCUGUAAAGAUUAUUACAAACACUGAAGCACCUGUUAAGCCAAAAUGGUCAAAAUUCCCACUAUGGAAAGACAGGAUCAAGUAAAAUUUGCAGGAUAUGCCAGCGUAAGCAGAGCCUCUUCAAUAAUCAUUUAUUUUUGUGCAUUUUAGCAGAGAGUGGGUUCUCUAACUGGAGAGAAAACAGGCAGUCCCAAGUAAAGCAGUUUGAAGAUUUUAUUCUAAGAGCUAACAAGUAUCCCACCCUAUCAAUAUUUGGUGGAAAUGACAAUCUCACUGCCGUCAGGAAGAUUAUUUUAGUAGAGGUACUGUAAGGACAAACUGUUAUCUAAAUGCAUAUAACACAUUUUUAACAGAAUUAGGCAAGCAUUUUAUCCCUUUAUUUUAUAAAUAAAUGUGCUUCAUGGAAUUUAGGCACCUCUAGACUUAAGACAAUGCUGACCAUUGGUCUAUCACAGUGGGGUACUCUUGAGAAAUUGUGGAGGAGGGGGAGGGGGGGGGUUGGUGGUGGCAUACCUCUUGAAACCCUUAUUGUAUCUCAGACCAAAAUCUGUGAUUUUUUCCUGCCCCAGCUAUUUUGGACCUGUAUCAAUUCUACAAGCUGAUCCCAGACAAACUAGAAAGCCAGCAAUUUCAGAGCAAUUGGUGUCAAAGAGCAUACCCUUUAGGGCUAGGCAUACCUUAUAAUAUCACUUACAUAAUGUAGGAACCACCCCCACCCCCUCUUCCUUAGGAGCCUAUUGCAUAUAGGGUUGCCCUAGUCCUUGUGGCUUAAUACAGAGCCACAGGACUGUGUGUCUGACAACAAUCUUUCUUUAUUUUCAGGAUCUUCCAAAUAUUUUUUUCAGAGAGGUCUCAAGGCUGCAUGAGGUUUUAAGGUACUUGCACAUGCAUUACUUUAAUUUAGCUGACUGUUUUACUGAUGACAGUCUCUGAUAAUGUUUGAAUACUCUCAUGUCCGUACAUUCAAAGGCAAAUACAAAUAAGCACAAGGGCUACCAAAUGUUACGAUAGGGUUAGUUUAUCCUUUGUCAUGAUGAUUGCUAGUAAGUGGUGUGUCAUAGAGGCUGUGGAUUUCAAACCUUUGUAAAAUUUGUUUUUGUUGAAAGUUCCCUUGAUCAUGAUGGACUAUUGCGGUACCUGUCCACUGCUGUAUUGUCUGAUUGUGGGAAUCCUCUACGUCUGGAUAUUUUAUAUUUAUUGGGGCUGAUGAUAAGAAAACAGCUGUCUAUAAACUUCAGACGCCAUUGCUACUUUUACGGACACUUGUUUGUUGUUUUCAUAUUUUCAACUUACAGCACCUACCAACAGACAGGUCGAAGCCCUGUUGUGUUCAUUAUCUCAGACAGCCAUCAUGGUGACUCUAAUGUGCAUAAGCUACUUCCUAAAGAUGUUCAGUAUAAACUGGGAAUUCACAAUAUCAGGUAGUUUUGUCCUGUCAGCUUACUUGAGUCACCCAGUGGUAUGAGAGCUACAAUUUUUACUGGUUUGUUACUUCUGAUUUGUGUCAAUUGUUUUUAAAAUGAUCUUAAUGUCUCACAAGUUCUAUUUUUUUUUUGGAACUUUUCAGUUUCAAUCCUGUUGCACACACCAGCUUGGUGAAGACUCUGAACAGAAUAGCAUCACUAGAAUCUCAGCAGGUACAUUUUUAGUACAGUAUAUUCAGUCAGAUUUUGAAGUCGAGUUUUCACAACUGAGGACGUGUUAAUUUUAAAAAUUACUUUUCAUGAUUUGCUUGUGCAGAAUAAAUCAACAUUUUUGCCUCCAAGCAAGGAAACAAUUGAUCUGUUGGCUCAGAAUAGUGGAGGAGACAUCAGAACUGCCAUAAAUGGCCUUCAGUUUUCCUGUUUAAAAGGUGAGAGAAAACUUUAUUAUAAUAUUAUUAUUUAACUGCACUUUGUAAAUUCCCCAGACUUUUGAGAAUAAAUGAAAGACUGUAAACUGUCUCAAAAUGCAAGAUUAUUAGUGUUGAACCAUGUAAAAGUGACUUAUCCAAUUUAGAUUUUCUUGAUGAGGUACAUGUUAAUGAACACUCAGUUAAAGUAUUGAGUUUGUAUGUAACCUAAAUUUAAGUUCAUAUUAUUUCAACCUUGACAGAUAAAUCAUAUAGUUCAACGAAGAAGUUCAAACCAGGAAGAAAAGAGGAAAACAAACAAAAGAAUUCAAAUUCAAGAAAGUCAAAAACUGAAAAGAUAAGCAAGGCCAGUCAGGCAACCCAGUGUCUGGUUUAUGGACACACGGAUAGUACUGUAGAGUUGGAGACAGUCACACCCAUUGGUGGUCGAGACACAGCAUUGUUCUUGUUCAGAGCCUUAGGAAAAAUCUUAUAUUGUAAAAGUGAGUGUUUUGUACUUAAUAGGGACAUGCCUCCAAAUGUUUUGCAAGGGCAAAAGAGGCUUUAAAAAUGCGCAAUUUAUAUAGAGAGAAAGGGGGUAGUUUGAAAUCCCCUGAACCCACUUUGUCUCGAACUUUCCUGACAGUUACUGACAUGUAUUUUGUACACACUGUUUUUAGCCAUAACUUAUUUAAAAAUUUGAGGUGCACAUUAUACAUUGAGCAGUUGAUGUUCAUAUGCCCUUUUGUAAAUAGUAAUAUCUUGAGUCAUCUCAGCUUGAACAAAGCCAUUUAGAAACAAUUGCAAACUCAACGUAUCAAUCUACCUGUAGUGUCAAUUUUGAUUUUUUUUUCUUUUUCCUGUAGGAGAUCCAGCACUGUCUGAUGCAUCCCUGCUUCCCUCAAACUUAUCACACCAUGCAAGAAACCUCUUGACAUUCUCUCCUCAGGUUUGAAGUAAUAUAUCAAACAUGAGAUGCAGUGUUUCAUCACCAGAUGAAACACCGAGAAGAGAGUUGAAAAUACGACGCGCAGCGGAGUAUUUUUGACGAACUUCGAGGUGUUUCAUCUGGUGAUGAAACACUGUGUCGAAUGUUUGAUAUUUCUUCUCAAACAAAAUCAUUUUUGAAGGAGAAAUUAAGGAUGCAAAAAUGAGCAGUUUUUCAUCUGAUAUCCAAACACUCAUUAAACAUUAAUUUCCUUUGAAUUUUCUUUAUGAAUUAUUAAUGAGUUUGAGAAAGUAAUAUAAAAUUGUCCCUGGUUUUCAAUUUGGGUGGGCUAUAAAUAUUUAUUGUAACAAUCCAUAGAAUGAAACCUGAUGUACCUAAGACAUAUCUAAUGCAGGGAGUUUGCGCUUGCUAACUGAUGACGCAAGCUUUAAACUUUUAUUGUACCAAUAUUUAGUUAACAUCUCUUUUAACCCUGUAAGUCCCAAGAGCAACCAACAUUAAAUUUCUUCCACAAUUUCUAUGCAUAAUCUACAGAAGAGGUUUUGAGAAUUGAUGAAUUGAUCACCUAAUUGGGGGAAGAAGUUUUUCUAUAUUGAUCUUUAAAGAAAUCUAUUGAUCGAGAUCAGUGUGGAGAAUUUGUAUGUUGAUAUUGGGGCUUUAACAAAGGUUUAACACCUAAUUUGUUCAACUUGUUUGUUUGAAGUUAAUUUUUCUUUUGCUCAAUCUAGGACAUUUUGGAGAGGACUCAUCUUACAAGUGACAUGUUUAAUCUGUACCUUCAUCAAAAUUAUUUGGAAUUUUUUUCUGAUAUGGAUGAUUUGGUAGGUGCAAACUUAUACAGUUGUAUACAAGACACUUACUUUUCUCUGUCAAUUGAGUGUUAUUCUUGACACUUAUGGUGACAUUACCUGACUACUGAUAAUGGUAGAAAGGCACUUCUGUUUUCCUUGUUUUCUUUUCAGGCAAGUGUUUGUGAACAUUUCAGUGGUGCAGACUUCAUGACGAAGGAAUGGAUGGUAAUGUUCUUCAGACUUUACCCAGUACCCCCACCCCUCUCCAUCCCCAAACAAACUCCCUGCCUCCCAGCUAUCUCCCCAAACCUGACGACAUUUGAUUAAAACUUUUUGUUUUAAAAUGUUAUCAAUAAAUAAUUGAAAAUGACUGCCUUGGGCAUUUAUUUAUUGGCUAAUUAAUAUUUUUUUAUCUUUUUUUUUUCAUUUCAUCACAGCAUCAGUCAUCAAUGAGGGAAUACAGCUCGUGUCUGGUGGCACGAGGGUUAAUAUUUAACAAAAGCAAAACCAGUGGGGUAGGGAGAGGAUGGAGACCACUUCACAAACCACAGUGGUUUGAAAUAAGCAAAAAGGUAACCUUACUUAACUAUCAACACCACAGAAAUGCAUGUUAUUGUCUCUUUUGAAGUCUAUGUAAAGCCAUGGCAAAAUUGUAGAAAAAUCGUUCAAAGUGAACAAAAUGAAAAUCAUAGAAGAGGGGGAUCAAUAUUACUUUUUAUCUUGUCUUUGAUUUAAUUUUAGAUGCGUGAUAGUAAGAACACUGCAAGGGAUUUGUUUAGAGGUAAAACCAAAAUAUAUUUACCAGAAUUUUUCAGCAUGUUUCUUUUCUUGAGCUUUGAAAUGGGGCACAUACUGUCAAGUAAAAAAAUCAAGGGUGUCUUUGGGUGCAUUUACACUACAGAAAAAUGUGGUAAGGGCCCUCCAAAACUUAGUACAAUACCGACAAAUUUUGGAAAGAAAUAUCGGAGUUUCCACAGGGCCAUGGGUACCUAUGGCCUCGACUGGUCCAGACCAUGUUUUUCUGUUGUGUAAACACACUUUUCAUCACCUUAUGGAGAUGUAGUUGGUAACAAAGUAGCACAAACACCUACCUGUAAUGUCAGCAUUUCCCACUGUACUGUCGUGAUGCCUCACACUUUAGCCUCUACAGUGUGUCUCCUUGGGAGGAGGAGACUAGAAGUGUAGGGAUGUCAUUUACGCUGUUCAAUCUUGGAUAUGGUAAUUAAAACAAUAUAAGACACAUCCCCUGGUCUGGAAUAGAAUAGGGUAUCAUUACAUUUUAUGGGACACUGAUCAGUGGUAUGGGUUUAGUUGGCCCAAAAUUACAGUUUAACACAGUCUGAUGUAGAUUAAGGGUUCCAGGAUCCCUCCCUUCCCCCCCCCCCCACUGGGAUCUGUUCAUCAAGCUUCACAUCUUAUUUUUUUUAAAGUGCCCCCACCUCACGCAGCACCUUCCUCUUUGCCCAAAUCCUCUAACCACAAAUGGGGGGGAGUCUGCCAAAUGCCUAGCACUUCACACCACUCAAGGACACAGGAUUUGGAGUAUUAACCUUCACCUAAACAUUUCAAUCCAGUUAUCUACCCUUGUCCACCAAUAUAUUAAUGGCUCAGGCAAUGAAAAAAGCCUUUACUGUGUUUUGCCUUUUUAGGUUACCACUGGCCAUCCACAGUUCUUCAGACAGAGAUUCUUCCAUAUUUAGCCAUUACUGAUGUGCCACUCAGAACUCCUGGUAAGUAA